AUGGAAAUGUUUUUCAAAAGACUGAGCAAGGCUGCACCGAUCGCAUUCGGAAGCACCAAUUUUCGCUUCCCCUUUGGAGCUCUUCAACGCGGAACGGGAUACCCGUCAGAGGUCCAAAAUUAUAUGAAAUGGAGGUAUGUGCAUAAAGUUAGAUUUUACAACACUUUGGUGAUUGGGUAUGCUGUUGCGGGCAAAUCUGAGGUUGCACUGGAGCUGUUCGGUAGAAUGAGGUUCCAGGGCGUGGACUUAGACGCAUUUGCAUACCAUGUGUUGUUGAAUUCACUAGUCGAGGAGGGCUAUUUUGACGUGGUGGAAAUGGUGGCAAAGCAGAUUAGAGUCCGAGCAAUUCAGAAUGAGGUAACACAUUCGAUUAUGAUGAGGAGUUUCUGUAAGCAGAAUGAGUUGGAGAGGGCUGAAAACUAUCUACGAGGUCUGGUGGGAGAUAAUGGGAUGGGAUUGAGUGGGGUUGCGGUUGGUAUUUUUGUGGAUGCUUUGUGCAAGGAUAAUCAGUUUGAGAAAGCUGCAUUAUUGAUUGAGGAGUUCCAUAAAAUGAAUUUGGUUUCGAUGGAGUAUGCAUAUAGCGUGUGGAUUAGGGACCUUGUUAAGGCUGGGAAGUUGGAUGGGGCAUUGGAGUUUUUGAAUGAUAAACAGUCAGUCGAGGGUUAUGUUCCUGAUGUUUUUCGUUAUAGCUCAUUGAUUUGUAGGCUUUUGAUGGAGAAUAGGCUUAUUGAGGUGUGCGAUUUAUUGAUGGAGAUGAAGUGGAGGGGAAUAUUGCCUGAUGAUGUCACAAUGAAUGCAACAUUAUGCUUCUUAUGCAAAGCUAGAAUGAUGGAUGUUGCCAUGGAUUUAUAUGAUUCGAGGGCAGAGUUUGGCCUUUUAGUGAGUUGCAUGGCUUAUAAUUAUCUUAUAAAUACUCUAGUGGGGGAUGGUACUGUUGAUGAAGCAUAUCGCGUAGAAGGAAAGCUCGAUAAGAUGAAAGAGUUGGUUCUUGUUGCAUUAGACCAGAAUAUCAUGCCCAAUGACUUGACUUAUGACAAGUUCAUAUCAUCUCUCUAUAGGGCCAAGAGAGUUGAAGAUGGUUACUUGGUUUAUUUAGAUCAACUCAAUGAAGAUGCUUCUCCAAAAGUUGCACUAAAUCCUAAUAAAUGGUUUGAGUUCAAACUGCAAGACAAGGCACAGGUCAGCCACAAUUCUCAGUUAUUCAGGUUUUCAUUUGAUCCUGCUGCGAAGUUAGGCCUUGAUGUUGCAUCCUGCAUUAUUAUUACAAGGUCUCAUAGGAGUCUUCCUUUUCAACUUGUCCUUCAUCUGCAGUGCAACUUGAACAGCCUCUUCCAUGCUAAAGUGGCACCAGCAGGACAAAAUCCUGAAGGAAAACCCAAAUAUGUUAUUCGUCCGCCUAUUGAAAAGCUCAGAUACAAUCCUAAUAUGAAAAAACAUAUUGGCAUGAUUGCAGGAGGCUCUGGCAUCAGUCCGAUGCUUCAGAUAAUUGAUGCUAUCCUUAAAAACCCUGAUGAUAAUACCCAGGUUACAUUGCUGUAUGCUAAUGUAUUCUACACUGUUGAUAAUCCAACAAAAGAUUGGCACGGAGGUACGGGUUACAUAGCUAAUGACAUGGUAAAGAAAGGAUUGCCUGGCCCUGGUGACGAUACACUUAUUCUUGUUUGUGGUCCUCCUGGAAUGAUGAAAAAUAUAUCCGGUGAUACGGCACCAGAUUGGUCGCAAGGAGAGGUGCUUGGAUAUACAGAAACUAUGGUAUACAAAUUUUAA